AUUCCUUUGUAACAAUACAGCUCCUCCGGCCUCUGUCCUGCUCUUGGCUGCAGUCCCAGAUGGGUAAGGAGGGAAGGAGCUGUGACCAGCACACCAAAGAAAUAUCACAUUAACCUGAAACAACGAAUGUAAGACAGCAAGCACAAAGGUAUCUAACAGAUGGCUAUAUAAGAAAUGAAUGAGUCUCAGCGAAGGACUGAAGCUGCUCUAUGUCUCGCCAAGGAUGUUUAACUAGUCUGGACUUUACCUUACCCCUGCACCAUGCACAGCCUCCUCCCAGUAUGCUUCCAUUUGUGGCUUUAUCUUUUGGUGGAGCUCAGCGUAUAUGAAGCCUUUCUUCAGCGGCCAAACAUUUCCUUCCUAGCCAGUUAUACCACAUACCUGACAGGAGAACCUGUCUCUCUUAUAUGUCAAGCUACAACUGACCACAAAAUACAUGGAUACAAAUUCUUCAGAAAUAGUCAAGAACUUAAUAGAAUAUCGUCCAUUGGCAAGCAUAGUAUAAACAAUGUGAAAACAAGUGACGCUGGGUCCUACACAUGUCUCUACUGGGUAUCAGACUCCAGAGGAAAGGAAGAGUCAGAUGUCAGCAUACCUGUGUCACUGUCUGUGCUGGAUCAACCAUCUACACCCGUUCUGCUAAUACAGCCAAAACAAUUACUAUACUUUGAAGGAGAAUCUGUGACUCUGAAAUGUCAACAUCCGCCCAUAAUGUUCCAUGCUAUUUAUAAUUUUCAUAAAGAUAACAGCAAACUAGAAAGCUACUAUGACACUUCAAGGUCUGAGCACUACAUAUCCAGCCUGAGCACAAAGGAUUCUGGGAAUUAUUACUGUCAAUAUUGGGUGUCAGGACACCAGAGGACGAUAAUGUCAUCUGAAAGCAUUGCCCAAACCAUUUCUGUUACAGCUUUGUCUACCUCCCCAUUGUUGAACUUCCUGCCCUCAUACUCAACAUUCAUAAAGGGAGAAAACCUGACUAUGGAGUGUGUGGCUCCUUCACCAGUUCAUGUAAGCCUGUACCGCUUUUACAAGGAGGGACAGGAGUUCAAAGGUCCAUUAUCGCACAAAGGCUUGUACAAAGUGCACAAUGUGACAACAGAGGAACAGGCAGAAUAUACUUGUAUCUACUGGAGCGCAAUGAGCAGCAGAGAAAUCCCAUCCACUCAGAGUGCUGUGAGAGAGAUAUAUGUAAUAGAUCCCAUACAUCCACCCUUACUGUCUGUAGACCCUCCAAGUGGAAGGAUCUGGGAUGGAGGCAAUAUAACUCUAUUCUGUACCACUCCUGCAGAGUAUGCAAGGACUACAUUCUACUUUCUUAAUGAUACAGAUGAUAUAAUAAGUGUAUCUACAUACAAAACACAGAGAAGAGCAGCAGUAACCAUCAACAUGAAGAAAACUAAUAAUACCUCCACUGCCAAGUAUCGCUGUCAGUACAAAGCGGAGAUCAAAGGACGCUUCCUGCUGUCACCGAAGAGUCCGCAAAUUGAGAUCAUAGUGAUAACAAAUGGAUCUUUGCUGUGGCUGAUAGCUAUUGUGGUUGCUGCUGGGAUUGUCGUAUUGAUCAUUAUUGUUAUUUUGAUCUUCUGGGUUCUGCGUUCUAAAAAAGGCCUACUGACUAAGAGUCAACAGUAUUCUCCGGAAGAUGCUGAAGAGUCCAAGACAUUUUCUGAAGGAGGAUGCAAGGUCACCUCACUGUAACAUGCUGCCAGAGAGGAAGAUGACAUGGAUUCUUAGAAAAUGAUGGGAAAUGUUUCCAGAUUUCAUCAGACAAACAUAAAAAGGCAGCUACGGAAUUUGUGAACAGUUAAUACAUUAUGAAGUAUUUAUUAUUAAAAAUAUUGUUUCAGCAUUUUA